GGCAGGACAAAAACCCGGCGCGACGACGCGACCAGCGAACAUCCUGGCCAUGACAGCCAUGGCUCGGACGCGCAGCCCGCGAACGCUGCCGCCGGAGGUGAAGCAGCUGUUCUCGGUAUCGUCCGAUGACAGGUAUUUGCGCCAUGCCGCAGCCCGUUCGAACGGGGAAGUCUCAGAGCAGCGAGUGAAGACGCGGAGCACGGCCCAUAGGCUGUCGCAGUGCAAGGCCAAGCUCGGGGCCUUGGCGCAGCGCCUGGACUUGUCCGCAAGGAGCGGCCAGCCCUGCCGAGCGGAGGCGGCCAGGCUUCUCCUAGAAGUGGCUUUGCUGCUUGGCGACAGCGCCAAAGCUGCCCCGCGCUCCCUCACGCCUACCCCUUGCCGCGCCAGGGCGCCGGCGGCCAGCCCGCAGGCGGCCAGCCCCCGCAGCGCCUCGCCCCGGAACGUCGCGGCCAGAGGGCGGUCGCCGCGGUCGCCCGCGCCGUCGGCGCGGUCGCAUAGCCCGCGCGGCGCAAAUGCCGUGCGCACGCAGGUGCCCGAGGAGCUGCGCCUGGCCAGGCGCGCGCAGCAGCUGGGGGUCUGGGCGCUCCGCUGCUGCGGGGAGCCCUUGCCGGAGCUGCUGCAGGCCUGUGACCUGCUGGGCCUCGACGUUACUGAGCAGAAGGGCCUCGACUUGGGCCUGGCGCGGCGGGGCAAGCAGGGCCGCACGCUGCCCUGCCCCUGGGCCCAAAAUGGAUGCCCCAUGCAGCGAUCCGCCUGCUUCAUCGAGUGGCAUGCGCUGGACUGCGACUUCCGGCCGGUCAGCUGCGCCUUCAAAGGCAAGGGCUGCCAGCACCAGCCUUUGGCCUUUGAGGCCCAGCAGCACGCGGCGGCCUGCGACUUUCGGCCGGUGCCCUGCCAGCACGACCAGUGCCCGGUGCAGCCCUGCGCCAACGCCGUGGCGGAGCACGCCGCGGAGUGCCAGUACCGCCAAGUGGCGUGCCUUCACGAAGCCCGGGGCUGCGAGGAGUUGGUCUGCGCCUACCGACGGGUCGCCCACGGAGAGGUCUGCCCCUUCCGGCCUGUGCCCUGUCGCUUCGCAGAGCGCGGGUGUGCUGAACAGCCGUCCUACUGCCAGCAGAAGGCUCACUCGGCAAGCUGUGACUUCCGGCCCCAACUUUGCCCACACGCGAAGCGGGGCUGCCUGGAGCUACUGUCUCUAGAGGAGCGGGAGGCUCAUGGCCUGAGCUGCGGGUUCCGGCCUCUGAGCUGCCCCUUUGCAGCAGAAGGCUGUCAAGCAGUGGUCGACGCGAAGGACAUGGAAGGGCACCAGGAGCAUUGCGAGUUCCGGCCCGUGCCCUGCCCGUUCAAAGCACUAGGCUGCAAGCUGGAGCCCUGCCACGGCGAGCUGAAGACGCACAGCGAGCAGUGCAGGUUCCGGCCGGUCUUCUGCAAGCACCGGGCCCGGGGCUGCCCGGAGCAGCUGACCUUCUACAACUCCUUCCGGCACUUUGGCGCCUGCGGGUUUCGCCCGGUGCCCUGCCACUUCGCCGGCCGGGGCUGCCAGAAGCUGCCCACGGCCGAUGGCCUGGAGAGCCACUGCCAAGGUUGCGAGUUCCGCCCGGUGGACUGCAAGCACAAGGGCUGCUCAUACCAGCCGAACGCGCAAGAUGCGGCGGCACAUGCAGAGGCAUGCGGCUGUCGCCCGCUGGCCUGCCCCCACGCCCGCUUCGGCUGCGAGGAGUGCCCGGCGGCCAAAGGCUUGGAGAAGCACUUGGAGGACUGCAAGUUUCGGCCCAGCGAGUGCCGGUUCGCCUCUCGGGGCUGCCCUGAGCGGCAGCUGGCGGGGCAGCUGAGGAUACACGCGGAUCGCUGCGGCUUUCGGCCGGUGGUCUGCCCCCACGCCAAGCGCGGGUGCCAGGAGGAGCCCAGCGCGCGUGACAAGGUGCGGCAUGCCGCCCGCUGCAUCUUCCGCAUGGUGGCCUGUGUGCACGAGGACCGCGGCUGCCCAGAGCAAUGCUGCCAGAAGGACUUGCUCGAGCACGUGGAGGUGUGCAAGUGGCGGCCGGUGGGCUGCCCGUACCGCAGCCAGGGCUGCGAAGAGCAGCCUUCGUUGACCGAGAGCCGGAAGCACGCCAUGGAAUGCAAGUUCCGUCCGGUCCUAUGCCGCUACAAGGAGCACGGCUGCUUAGAACAGCUGCCGCUGCAGGCGCUCUCGAAUCACUUGGUGAACUGCCCGUAUCGAGUGGCGCCCUGCCGGUAUCAGAACCGGGGCUGCCGGGCGCAAGUCUGCGUGAAGGACCGGAAGCGGCACCUGGAGCAGUGCAGGUUCCGGCCCGGCGAGGAUGAGCUGGCUGGGAACACCCGCCUGGUCUUGAGGAAGUGGAAGAACAAGGCCAACAAGGAGGAGCCGAAGAAAAGCAUUGCGGAUGUGGUCCUUGACCUCUUGCAGGAGGCACGGGGAAGUACGCAGGGCGCGCCGGAGAAGCUGUCCGACGUGGUCGCCGCGCAGUGAGGUUUGGCCAAGGUCAAUGCCUUGAACUUCUGGCGUCCAAGAUGCCAGAGUAGGAGAUGCAAGCUGUCACGGCUUGCACGUCAGCAUGGCCUCUAGCUGCCUGUCCCUAGAGAGCAAGAAUCGGAAAGUCUUACUGCUUCGGCAGUCGCGCUCCCUGCCUCCACUCUUGCUGUGAUGGCUUGCCGAAUUCGCCCGCGGAGAGGCUUGGUGCUC